AUGAGCGUGGAAAGGAUCGCGAGGAAGAGAAGAACAUCAAUGACAAGGAACACAACCGUGCACAACCGUGAAGACAGUCGCAAGAAAGGGCUUGGAGAAUACUCGAGUCCUAUGCGAGCGGAACUGAGAGAGCAGCCCGCAAAAGUGAAUCAGCUUGUAGAAGAGGCAUUGAAGCGGACCCAGCAUGCCACCGACACAGCCGGUCUAUCUCGCCAUCUCGAUACAGUCAAAAGCGCAGCCGUCAAUUCAGCAACCUCACCAGCAGAGCUUCGACACCGUUGCGACCUAGGAGAAUGUCGCAAAGUCCUCGAGCUUCAAGCCUCCACGCUUCAAGUGUUGAAGAGAUGGUUGUCAAAGCCGCCACCGAUUCCCGGCAUAGGCUCAAGCGCCGACACUCGCAAUGCUGUCGUGGCGAUCGGAAACAGCAACGCUCAUCAGCUAGCAUUGAUGGCUUUCGUGCUUGGUUUCGAACUAGCUGAGGUGCAGGCGAAGGUAAAGACGAUUGAUGACAGGAUGCAGACCGAGAUUCGAGAGGGAAAGCAGAUGGCAGCGGAGAUGAGCAAGAGGAGCAUCCGCCGACGAUCCCCUCCCUGGACAGUCGCCAGCGCCGCCGCCAGCGACAGCGAGCAUGAAGAAUACGAAGUUGAAGAAGUCCCAGACGUGCGCACUCGAUCAGCGCCAGGUCGCAAGAGCAAGAGCAAGAGCAAGAAGUCACCUCCACCAAGCACUCAAUAUCUCGUGCACUGGAAGGGAUACCCAAGAUCAGAGGCUACAUGGGAGCCUGCUGAGAGUGUCGUCAAGCAUGCUGGCGCAGCGGUGGCCGACUUCCAUCACAACCACCCUGGGUUGUCUAUUCAAGUCGCCUUGAGACCGCCACAAGGCAGAUCCGGGCCCGACCAGAUCGAUGCCUGCAAAGGCCGUCAAACGCUCGCAAUUCGCAUUCGAGAAGUGGAUCUCUUCCGCGAUGCGACUCAGAAACCCAGAUUCCCAUCUUCGGUCACUUCCUCCGGCAUCCUAUUCCGCAUUCAACCUCUCGCGUCAACCCAAGCAAUCAUGCGUCGCUUCAUCAGUAUGUUGAGGAGCAACACAAAGCGAGUCAACGGCAAUGACACCAAUAACGCCAACCCCAUCGGCAACGCACUUGAUGGAGGCUUCGGUUCUCCUUUGAACAACCCGGUGGCCAACUUGACUCAGGAUACCAUCUUCCAAUAUCUCGCGCAGUUCUUCCAGGACCCCGACGCCCUGCUUGCCGGCAUGGCGAAGGCAAGCUGCAUUCCCUCUGGCUCUCGUGCUGUCGAGGUCUCCUUUCCCGGCUCCUGCGCCCCGGACUCUGAUUUUGACUUCUACGUCGACUCGUCUGCCCGUUGCUCAGCACUCGACGUUGCUGCCAUGACUCCUCUUCCCGGCCUCCCUACAAUCGUGCAAUACUACUACAAGGACAAAGAGCAGCUACGCCGAAUUAUCGCUCUACCAGACUGCCCUGACGCUGCGGCUAGCGUGCUCCGACAGAUGCUUGCUUACCUCGACGACAGAGAUGAGUUUGGCAGGAUUCACGUGCUCGACAAUGGUUUCUACGUGCGCAUGGUGCAAGGUCGACCGACAGGUAGCUACGGCUAUUCCACCUCUGUUGCAAUCAUUACGGGACAGACGAUGACUACGAAUGGCCGCCGCCCUCUCAAAGUUCAACUUAUCUUCUUCAAGCAGCCUACUGAUGCCGAGCCCGGACCCGCUCAGCGCGGCCCAAGAUUUCCUGCGCAGCGGAUCGUGGGCAGGAUCUUCGGCGACAUCAUCAAUCAGCACGUCCACUGA